UGUGAACAUCAAAAUACAAAACUAUAGUUUUGUCCUUUGAUGUUCACAGUACUUCUAAUAAAACAUUUACAGAUUGAAUCACGAGAAGAAGUGGUUGUAAUUUAUUUAAAAACAGAUUGUAUCACGAGAAGAAGUGGUAAAAGUGAAGAGAUCCUUUUAAUUGAAAAUUUAGAGAUUGUAUCACGAGAAGAAGUGGUUGAAAUUUAUUUAAAACAGAUUGAAUCAUGAGAAGAAGUGGUUGUAGUUCAUUUAGAAACAGAUUGUAUCACGAGAAAAAGUGGAAAAAUAUUUAUGUACUAUAAGACAAAGGUUGAAAUAGUAAUGAAAAAAUCAAUAACUUUAACUCGAUCUGCUUAAUCACAUUAUAUUAAAAGACAGUUAUGAAACUGCUGUAGAACGAAUGGAAACAUUAGAGUUCACAUCAAGCGUUGAAACAGCUGCUGAUAGUGAUGAAAAAUUGUCCAUGCCACCAGCUAAAAAGUUAGCAGUUUGCAAAACAAGUGACACUGAGGAGACAUAUCCAUCAGUUUCCCCAAGAUUGAAAAAAUCUUUUAAUUGCCAAAAUAUUUUACAACCCACAACUGUUCCAUAUAUUGAGCUAUUUAGUUCGAAUCGUUCUCUACCGAUAUUUUCCUCUUCUGACCAGAGCUUGGCAACUGUUGUGGCUGCUUUAGGCACUCGAUUUGCUGCAUUUGAGAAGAAAAGUUUAGAGCUGCUUGUCAGUAUUCAAUAUGAUUUGAAAAAGUUAAACACUCGCCUAAUCAAUUUAGAAAAAGGUUUAGUGUUUCCUUUUGUUAGCAAUCAGAGCAUAGCUGGACCAUCCCCAUCAGUUAAAUGGAAUUAUUUGCCUGUUAAAGAGGAAAAAGAUUUUCUAGACCUGGAUGAAAAAUUACGAAACACCUAUGAUGAACUUCCUUGCAUCGGUUGGAGGCGACGAUUACAAGCAACUUACCACGGCUAUCUUAAAACAACUAAUGGCUAAAAAAGUAUGCUUAUUAUACUCUAUGUAUGGCAGGAAACAAAAGAAAUUAUUUUCGUCUCUUACGUCCUGCAAGGUGGUUAUAGAUGCCAUAAAAAAAAGUUUGAAAACGCUAAUGACAAAAGCAUUAAAGAAAAAAAGAAUCGGCAGCUUUCUGGCAACGGCCAUUGAUAGAGAAGGCAGAAGAAAGAAUAGAACCGCAAUUAAGCAAAGCCCACUAUUGAGGGAUAGUGAGAGUGUAAUGCUGUA